CUUCUAGGGGCAAGGGUGCGGUAAAUGAGAGACGAAAGGAUGGAGGGAAGUUAACUCCAAUGUCUUUUGAUGGCCCUCUUGGUCCAGAUUUUUUUGAAGAGGCGGUUUUUAACUUUCCAGUUCAAAGUAAAAAAGAUUUCAACAAAGAGGUUAGACUUAGGUCCUACGAUAAUAGGAGAGAAGAUUGGCCGAAGUGCAUGCAUGGCGAGGAUUGCUUGGUGCAGAUGUUCGUUGAGGGUGGAAUUGAUGGAGGCCGGCGUUUCUUCAGAUGUCCUUAUGCAUAUCAUUCAUUGGUCAAGGAGAAUUGUGGGUUCACUCGUUGGGUAGAUCCUCGUCCAAUUUUUCCUCAUGCGGAAUACAUAUCCUACCUACAGAAUAGGAUAUUUGAUCUAGAGAGAGAAGUAAGCAACAAAAAUGAUGAGGAAGAAAGAGACACAAACAAUGGUGGUGCUUCACAGGUGCAAGUAUGCCCAGAUCCAUAUUGUUGCUGCCCUUGUCACAACAAGAAUGUUGGUCCUCCGUCGUCUCCACCGCACCCACAGCAGACACCAACAAUGGGAGGAUACUAUGGGGAAGGGUCAACUCAAUUUGGAAUGUGGGAGCACUACUAGAAAACUCUUAUGUAUCAAUUGCUUUUAGCGUGUUGGUUAUCUAUUUCAAUUGCUUCAAGUCGCCUUCAAGAAUUGCU